AUGCAGGCUGAGGGCUCUGUUUCCCGCAGAGACAUGCUGAAGACUUUCGUUGCUGGAGCUGCCAUCGCUGCCCCUGCUCUCGCCAACGCCGAAAUCGAUUACGCCAACCUUCCAUACCUCGGCGGCUCUGACAAGAUUGAUGUGAACAAUGCUAAUAUCCGCGUAUACACUAAGCUCCCUGGAAUGUACCCCAGCAUUGCAGGAAUUAUCGCCAAGAAUGGCCCAUACCAAACCGUUGAAGACAUCUACAAGCUCCCCAAGCUCUCUGCUGAGCAGAAGGAGAUCGUCAAGAAGUAUGAGAAGAACCUUGUUGCGCUCGAGCCGGCCCCCGAGUACCAGGAGGACAUCUUCAACAACGGCCUCUACAGGUAA